AUGCGAGUGAAGGAUCAAGAAAUGGAUGAAUACGAUGAUUACAAAACUCCAACAUCUUCAAGAAAUAAUACGCAAAGUAUGGUCCUAGAAGAUGAUUUGUUUAUUAUGUCACGAAACAGUACACAACGAACAGAUCAAGAUAUGGAUGAAUACGGGGACGAGACUCCAUUUAGUUCUCAAAAUAAUACACAACAAACUGAUCAAGGAAUGAUUGAGAAUUACGAAGAAGAAAAUAAUCAAGAAAUGGAAAAUGAGAGUCCUCCUAAAAAAAGGAAACGAACAACAAAGAAAAAGGAUGAAACUCGAGAUAAUGAAACAUCAACAACAAUUAAUAAAAAAAGUCGACGUGCUCCGACCACCACACGUAAAGAAUCCACUUCAAAAAGAAAAUCCAAGAAAAAGCCCGCUUCGCAAACUAUAUCUUCCGAUACUGAGCUUCCCAAAGAAUUAAUUAGCGAAACAAUCACUUCAGAAACUUCAGAAAAUCAAGUUAAAACUAAAAAAUCUCCUGCUGGUAGAAAUUUUUGGAGUUUAGAAGACGAUAAAAAGUUAGUUGAUGCAGUUUUGGUGAAUUUACAAGAUGUCCCUUGGUCUAAAAUUGCUCGUGAAAAUUUUUCUAAUCGUGACAGAUCUGGUUGUUAUAACAGGUGGAAUGUCUUAAAGAAAAGAUUAUAUCAAGAUAUGAAUGGUAGUAGCGGUGAAAAAUAA